AUGAGUCACUCCUGGGGCCCCGCUUACCGGCACUUCGCAUUCCGGCGUUCCACUAAUGCGGUGGCAGGAAAGACCUCACAAGACCUCACAAGAGACACCUCACAAAGUCAGGUGUUUCUGCAACUGAGUGGCCUGACACUUGAAGACACUGUCUUUCUAAGACAGCUCUUUUGUGCACAACUGCUCUUGGACAAAACAGCUAUAUUGAAAAGAAAAUGUGUCUUUACAGGCGCAGGAGAUGGGAAAGUAAAUGGCGAGGAAAAUGGAAAUGGACUGCCUUCAAGUCGAUUCCGAAUAGGGUUUUCAUGGUGUCCUGUCAGACAUUUCUCUAGCAGAAUCUGGAGGAGACCUGAAAAGGCCGGGGGAAUCCCUUCGACUGACAUAUACAGCAUCUGGCUUCAAUAUAGACAGCUACUGGAUGAGCUGGGCAUUUCUUCCCAGAUUACUCUUACUGAGCCUAAUGAGGGCAUCAAGAGGCCAGGAGAGACGUUACAACUGACCUGUACAGUGACUGGGUUUUCUUUAACAAGCUACGGAGUGAACUGGGUCCAUCAACUGCCAGAAAAGGGACUGGAGUGGGCUGGAGGUAUCGGGUAUGAUGGAAGCACUUCCUAUAAUCCUGCUCUCCAAAACCGGAUCACCAUCACAAGAGACAUCUCAAAAUGUCAAGUGUUCCUGCAACGGAGUGGCCUGAAGCCUGAAGACACUGCCAUCUAUUACUGUGCAAGAUACACAUCAAGGAAAUGCUUCUCAGAGACAGUGCAAAAACUCCUCCUCCUUGAAAACCAGAAAUUAGUCAUUCAUGGGUUUGUGUGCAACAGAUGGGAACAAGGCCAUCGUUCAUUCUGUUUCCUCAAGCACAAAUGCAUGAUACACUGCUCCACACCAUUCAUUUUUCAACAGAAUUCCUUUUGUACAAAGUCUAGAAUUGCAGUCAGAAUAGUUGCAAGCAGGGAACUCCAAGAUGUUUCAAUAUGAAUCUCCAAAGUAAAAGGUGAAGGGCAAGAUAGAUGGAUAGACUGAUAAAUUAGAUAGAUGGAUAUAUAAGAUAGAUGGACAGAUGGAGAGAGAGCGAGAGAAAGGAAGGGAAAGGGCAACAAGACACCCAUAUUAUGACUGAAUGCUUCUCCUUCCACAGCUAACACAGGUUUGGAGGGACUGAGAGAUAGAAAGACUGAAUCACCACCCACGUUGUGAAAGGGAAAGACAUGGACCUGCCCAGCUGCUGUGCCACAGCCUUCAUGGAACCUCCAGGGAACUUCUGGGAACCUAAAGAGGGAUGCCCAGAUGAGUAUCAACCAACACCUUUAAUAUAUCGUCACAGAUCACCCUUGCUGAGUCUGGUGGUGGUGUGCAUAGGCCAGGAGACACAUUACAAUUGAUCUGUACAGU